GUAUGCACCCGGUAACCUAUCAAGAGCCAAAGUACUGGUGUUCCGUUGUCUACUACGAGCUGAACAAUCGAGUCGGCGAAGCGUUCAAUGCACUGCAGCCCAGCAUCAUUAUUGAUGGAUUCACCGACCCAUCCAACAAUGCGGAUCGCUUUUGUCUCGGUCUGCUGUCCAAUGUAAAUCGGAACUCUACAAUCGAAAAUACCAGGCGACAUAUUGGAAAAGGUGAAAAGUUUGUUGUUCCAACAGACCAACUGCAACUCUAUUACCUACCCUCUUUUCCUCCAUAUUCUCGCUCUUACAGUGGCAAUCGGCUGGGUAGCAAAACGUUUAAACCACGGAAACACAUACCGGACGAUGACAGACAACAUGAAAUACUUCAGGACGCAGUAGCUACGUUGGACAGUGGGGACUUGCGACUGGCAGUUCGUCUGCCCGAGGGCGAGGACCUGCAUGAAUGGAUAGCCUUUAAUACCGUCGAGUUUUUCAACCAGAUCAACAUGCUCUAUGGAACAUUGUUAGAGUUUUGUACAGAAGAGUCCUGUCCGGUUAUGAGCGCCGGGCCCAAAUACGAAUACCAUUGGGCAGACGGACAGUUGGUGAAAAAACCGGUCAAAUGCUCGGCGCCACACUACGUCAAUUGUCUGAUGGUCUGGAUUCAGCGGCAGUUAGAAAACGAAGCUAUUUUCCCAUCCAAAAUCGGUGCCCCUUUCCCACGUGACUUUAUCAGCGUUGUCAAGGUCAUUCUCAAGCGGCUGUUCCGAGUGUACGCUCACGUUUAUCAUGCUCAUUUUGCUGACGUAAGGGAACUGCAAGAAGAAGCCCAUCUGAAUACGAGCUUCAAACACUUCAUCUUUUUUGUGCUGGAAUUCGACCUUGUCCAAAAGCGUGAGCUCGUGCCCCUACAGCAACUGAUCGAUAUACUGACCGCCAAUGAACAGUCAACCACAUCCGACGGCCGAUCCCCCGUUUCGGAUCGCCAUCAGCCGCCACAAGAAAACAAAUCGUCCGUGGAAUUUGCCUAGUUGAUCUCGCAUUAGUUCGGCAUAUUGGCGCCACUUAUUUCAAGCUUUCCUUCUUUGUGCUCAUUGGGUGUGGAUUUGAAUGACCUGGAACCAACCUGCUCAAAGCCGCCCUAUACUCCAUAUCUGGUUCCCUUGGGUUAUUAUGUGAACUCUCCAGACAAUCAAUGCAUACCGCACAAAGCGCUUAUUGACUUUGUCGCCAAUCACUGAGCUUUAUUCUAUCUCAGCCUACUUUAUUUUUUGAAUACAAACCUCCUAUAGUGUUUUUGCGUAUUUGCCUUUCGCUUAGUCCUUACAUCGCGUUUUGGUUAAUUCGCCAUGUUGAUAUUGAUUGUCACCUUUUCAAGCCACCAAACGAAUAGACAAAUCAG